ACCGGAGCGCAAGGAAGCUGCGACGCGGAGUUUCACUCUGGCUGUCUCCGGAGAGUCGGAGCCUCAGGCGGAGUUGUGCCCAGGCCCGAGGGUAGCGGGGACCCCCUCCUGCCUCCUCGCCCUCCUCAGCCUCGGUGUCUUGAAAUUUGUGUUGCUGAGUCAGCAAGCCUUUCAGAUUUGCCUGGGUUUUGUUGUUUGCGUUUUAUAUCAAGAUGGGAACUCGAACAAGUCAUUCCUCCUAAGGAUCUGGUGUCGCCACCAAGAAGGGACUGUUUGUGCCAGCUCUCCAGAGAGAAAAGGUCUGCUGGAAACACUGGCAAUGAGCCGGAGACGCCAGCGCAGAGUGGUCUGAAGCCAUUUGGGAAAGCAGAGAGAGCCUGGGGAAGAUGGCCAUGGCCCCAAGCUCUUCCUUGUCUCAGGUGUACACCAGCCCUGUGGCAGUGGUCGUGUGGGAGUGGCAGGAUGAGAUGGGCACCUGGCACCCCUACAGUGCCACUGUCUGUAACUACAUCGAGCAGCAGUUUGCCCAGCAGAAGGGCCAGCGCUAUGGGAUGGGCCAUAGCAUCCCCUUAGGCCAAGCUGACCCCUCGCUGGCCCCUUACAUCAUCGACCUCCCCAGCUGGACCCAGUUCCGCCAGGACACUGGCACCAUGAGGGCUGUGCGGAGGCACCUGUUUUCCCAGCUCUCAGCCCCGGGCCGGGGCAUUGUCUGGGAGUGGCUGAACGACGAUGGCUCCUGGACAGCCUAUGAAGCCAGCAUUUGUGACUAUCUGGAGCAGCAGGUGGCCAGGGGCAACCAGCUUGUGGACUUGGCACCUUUGGGGUACAACUACGUCGUCAACUAUGCCACCCACACACAGACCAAUAAGGCUUCGAACUAUUGCCGUAGUGUGCGGCGCCAAGCUGGGCCCCCUUACCCAGUGACCACCAUCAUCGCUCCGCCAGGCCACAUGGGCCUCGCCUGCUCUUGCCACCAGUGCCUCAACAAUGGCGGAACUGGCCCCGUGUCAGUUCGCUACCGCCACUCCAUGACCAGCCUCCCUGCAUACCCUGCCCCUCAGACCCCCCAAAGGACUGCUGCUAUCUUUGGGGCCCACCAGGCCUUUGCCCCAUACAAUAAGCCCUCGCUCUCUGGAGCUAGGUCUGCACCCAGGCUGAACACCACCAACCCCUGGGGCGGGGUGCUGCCCUCCUUGGGGAACCAGCCCUUUUACUGCUCCAGCCUCUCCCACCUGGGACCUCAGCACCAGCCCCCAGGAUCAUCCACUGCCAGUGGAGCCAGUGCCUCCAUGCCCAGCGGUCCUGGGAGCAUCCCCACCACUGUGCCCGUGCAGAUGCCGAAGCCCAGCAGGGUCCAGCAAGCCCUUGCAGGCAUGACGAGUGUUCUGAUGUCAGCCAUCGGACUCCCUGUGUGUCUUAGCCGCGCACCCCAGCCUGCCAGUCCUCCCGCCUCCUGUCUGGCCUCUAAAAGUCACAGCUCAGUUAAGAGAUUGAGGAAAAUGUCCAUGAAAGGAGGGACUCCAAAGCCGGAGCCCGAGCAGGUGAUAAGAAAAUACACCGAAGAGCUGAAGACUGCCCCAGAUGAGGACUGCAUCAUCUGCAUGGAGAAACUGUCCGUGGCGUCUGGGUACAGUGACGUGACCAACAGCAUGACCAUCGGACCAGGGGCUGUGGGCCGCCUCACCAAGUGCAGCCAUGCCUUCCACCUGCUCUGCCUGCUGGCCAUGUACUGCAAUGGGAACAAGGAUGGAAGCUUACAGUGUCCUUCCUGCAAAACCAUCUACGGAGAGAAGACUGGGACCCAGCCUCGGGGGAAGAUGGAGGUGUUCAGCUACCCGGUGUCCCUCCCUGGCCACGAGGACUGCGGGACAAUACUCAUAGUUUACAACAUCCCUCCCGGCGUCCAGGGCCCUGAGCACCCCAACCCCGGGAAGCCGUUUACUGCCAGAGGGUUUCCCCGCCAGUGCUACCUUCCUGACAAUGCCCAGGGCCGCAAGGUCCUGGAGCUGCUGAAGGUGGCCUGGAAGAGGCGGCUCAUCUUCACCGUGGGGACGUCCAGCACCACGGGCGAGACUGACACGGUGGUGUGGAACGAGAUCCACCACAAGACAGAGAUGGACCGCAAUGUGACAGGCCACGGCUACCCGGACCCCAACUACCUGCAGAACGUGCUUGCUGAGCUGGCUGCCCAGGGAGUGACUGAGGACUGCCUGGGGCAGCAGUGACCAGCAGCCUGGCAGCCGGCCGCCCAUCCCCACUGCCGGCUGGGCUGCUCUUGAGAUGGACAGGCAGGAAGGUGCUUUCCGCAGAAGCUGACGUGUUUAUUGGGGGCAUGGGCAUUUUCCAUCGAAGCUGGGGCCUCUCCUGUUUGCCUUUCCUCCUUCCUCUUCCCCUCCAGGCCUGGAUUUGCAUGGAACCCGCAAGCCUGGGGAAUGUACUUGUGGGGGCUUAAGAUGCAGCUACCUCAGUGCUGGGGACCUGGCAUGGGCUGAGGAGAGACUGCCCCACCCCUAGCCAGGGGCAGCCAUGGGUCUGGGUCAGCUUCUCAUACCUCAGAUGUUCUGUUUGCAAUAAAUACCCAAUAGCCAAA